UUGAAUGUUUGGCGGAGCAAACCCUAAUUCUUUGCUUGGAAGGGAGCGAUUCGGACCCCCUGACGCUCCUCCAUGGAGGUUAAAAGGGAGGUUGGAUCUUGGAUUUUUGGAUCGCAGCCACUUCUUUCCUCUUGUCAUCGUUCUUGAAGAGGAUUCAGCAUCAGGUUCUGAUCGGGUACUAUGCCCCUGAACUGCUGAAGUGCUGUUUUUUUUCUGCUUCAUCCUGAUCUUUAUGGACAAAGGUCUUUUUUUGACUUCAGAAUUGUAGGAUAGAACUCUGUUUCUUACGGUUUUAGAUUGGGGGAGUUUAGAUUCUGGUGUUGUCUUUCCGUAGAUCAGGGGAGGGGGUGCGGGGGGGGUUUCGAUCAUGUUUUCAGCUAACGUAAUGGUCAAUCGGAGCUCGCUGGAGAUAUUUCUGGAUGAGAUCAGGCAGAGGGAUGAGCGGCCUAAGGAUCUGCCACCCGCUUUGCCUCUCCGGCCAACCUCCAGGGGACGCCUGCCCAGUUGGAGAAGGCCAUUGACCGUGCACCUUAAUCUCGAAAGAGGUGCACCCAGAAGCUUGUUGAGCAACUCCGUGGAAGGAGAAAACGAGGAAGACGAACAGACACGAAAGAAUAAGAGGGAUGUGGAGCAACUGGCAGAAUCUCCAUGCCUCAAAACCCCAGACCUGGUGAGGUAUGAAAAGAGAGUGCAGAUCGAUGAUGGCUCAGAUCCACUUGCUUUCUCCUUGCCGCCAGCAGUUGGUGGUGUCAUCAAGUAUUCCAUGAAUGAGGUUUUCGGAAUGGAAGACGAUAGAAAUCAGACUUCGCAGGGAAUUAUCAGGGUUCAAAAAAGCUUUCGUGGUUUCCGAGCUUGUUCUUACUAUCAACAGCUGAAGAAAGGAGCAACCGUGUUGCAAUCAUUCGUACGAGGUGAAAGCACAAGGCAUAAUUUUGAGGUUUUGAAGAAGAGAUGGAGGGCAGCUAUACUUAUCCAACAGCAUUUGAGGCGGUGUUUUGCUAGGACUGUUUUUAAUAACCAGCGGAAGGACAUUAUAUUUUUGCAGUCUGUUAUCCGUGGUCGGUUGGCGAGGAAACGUUUUACUGCUUUAAAGAAAAUUGAGGUGUUAAAGUCUGGUCAUACUUAUUUGAAGAAAAGGGAGGUGUCAAUGGUCAGUCAUGUUCAACUAAUCAAAGGAGGGUCAGCAAUGGAUUCUCCAGAACUUGUGAAGGACACUGAGAGUGAGCAUCCUCAGUUGGACCCCUCUGUUUUAGCUCAACUUCAGAGUCAGGUGUGUAAGGCAGAUGCAGCACUGAGAGACAAAGAAGAGGAGAAUGCUGUUCUGAAACAGCUGCUUCGAGAGUAUGAGAUGAGGUGGUCAGAAUACGAGUCGAAAAUGAAAUCUAUGGAAAGGACUUGGCAGAAACAAUUGAUCUCUUUGCAGAUGAACUUUGCUGGUGCAAGAAAAAGCUUUAUUCUUGAAGAAAUGACGAACCGGCCUCGACAGCAGAUAGCAGCACGAAUUAAUCACCACUAUGAAGCUGAAGAUAAGACGCCAGCAGUCACAGUAGCCAAACCUGUCAAUGCUUCUACUGUCAUGCCUGUGAGAGACAAUGAUAGCACUCGUAAUGGGGCGAUCCAACUCAUGAUAGAGUUUGGUCAGCACAGGCAAGUCUUCCACGAUGAUGCUGGGGCACUGGUUGAAGGGAAAUCAGAGCAAUUGGGUGCCAGCAUGAUCCAACUGAAAACUCGUUUUGCUUCAUGGAGAAAAUGGUUGUGCAUAGCCAGUGCAAGAUGAUGCAAAUGAAGUAUACCAAGCAACUCUUCUUGGCAUAGCAAGUGCCAGGAUGGUGGUUUGAGGAGAAACCUGAAUGCUGCUUAUCUUCGAGGAAACCUCUUCCUUAUUUGUUUGUCUCGUCUCUAGAACAUCAUCAUCAUCAUAUGUGUAUGUUGCAUGUAUAUAUGCCUUGCUUUUCUUGAUGUUCUUAGUGUGAAGAGAUUGUUCCUGUACCCAAAAUGGUGAGGUCAAAUUAUCAGAGGGUUAGGUAUGUGGACUAGAGAGAGAGAGAGAGAGAGAGAGAGAGAGAGAGAUGUAUAUAUUGCGACAUAAAAUUUUAUACCAGAUAAAAUUGUGUU